AUGAUUUUGAAAAAUAGAAUACGGAGCAGUUGGUUCUUAUUGGUGAUAAUUUCGGUUCUUGUCACUAGUGUUGAUGGAUUUAAAUGGCCUUGGGAAGACGAUGGAGACUCGAGUAGCUCCAGUAGCUCUAGUUCUUCGAGAACGUCGAAUGCUGAAAAUUAUGCUCCCCAUAAUACUAGUUGUUCAUCUGAUUCUUUGAUACGAAGAGCAUCUGGGUUAAACGAUGAUGAAAAAUCAUAUAUCGAAAAGAGGUGGGAAACCACCAAUAAGAAUUUGAUUGAUUUUCUUAAUAAUCGAGCCAAUCUUUCUGAUUUCAAUGCUAGAGAUUUCAUUGAUAAUUAUCAAGAAGCUCAUAAUAUUACUAUUGGUCUUGCCUUUAGUGGUGGUGGUUAUAGAGCAAUGUUGUGUGGAGCAGGUCAAAUCUUGGGGCUUGAUGAUCGAUACGAUGAUGCUAAUUCCGAUGGAUUAGGAGGGGUUUUACAAUCUGCUUCUUAUCUUAGUGGUCUUCUGGGUGGUAAUUGGCUUGUUGGUAGUUUAGUCUUGAAUGACUGGAUUUCAGUAGGUGACAUUAUUGAUGGAGAGGCUAAAAUUUGGGAUUUGGAAGAUACAAUUUUUAAUCCAAAUGGUAUUAAUGUUUAUAAAACUGCCAAGUAUUACUACGAAGUUUAUAAUGCUAUUAAUGCUAAAGAUGAUGCCGGUUAUGAUGUAACAAUUACUGAUAUUUGGGGUAAAGCCUUGUCUUAUCAAUUUUAUACUUCGGAUACUGAUGGUGAUAAUGUUACUUGGUCGAGUAUUCGUAAUUUAUCAAGUUUUAAAAAUCAUGAAAUGCCUUAUCCAAUAGUUGUUGCUGAUGGUAGAACGCCUGGUACUCAGAUUAUUAAUGGAAAUUCCACCGUUUUUGAAAUCAGUCCUUAUGAACUAGGUUCCUGGGAUCCUUCAUUACAAGCUUUUGUUGAUACUCAUUAUGUGGGAUCAGAAUUAUCAAAUGGUGAGUCGAGUCAAUGUGUUAGUAACUUUGAUAAUGCUGGUUUUAUAAUGGGUACUUCGUCCACUCUUUUCAAUCAAUUAGUUCUUCGUUUACCCAAUAUGGGAUUAAGUUCAAUUUUGAAAACUGUCAUUCAAAAACUUUUAAAUCUUGUUAGUUAUGAUGAAAUUGAUGUUGCAAAUUAUAAACCAAAUCCUUUUUAUAAAACUGAAUGGGGUAACGACUCUAUUACUUCAAAUGAUACCCUUUAUUUGGUCGACGGUGGUGAAGAUUCUCAAAAUGUCCCAUUUUAUCCAUUGAUUCAAACCGAUCGUGGUGUUGAUGUUAUAUUUGCUUACGACAAUUCCGCUGACCUUGAUGAUAAUUGGCCAAAUGGUACUUCCAUUGUUCACACUUAUCAAAGACAGUUUACUCAACAGGGUAAUGGAUCUCCUUUCCCUUAUGUUCCAACCGCUGAAUAUUUUGUUGAUAAUGAUUUAAAUAAGAAACCAACUUUUUUCGGUUGUGAUGCUAGUAAUUUAUCUGCGUUGGUUGAAUAUCAUGAUAAAAAAGGCCUUAAUGAAACUGAUAUUCCUUUGGUGAUUUAUUUCCCAAACUCUGAAUACUCUUAUGAAGCUAAUACUUCAACUUAUAAGAUGUCCUAUGAUGAAGAUGAAAAACUCGGGCUUAUUCAAAAUGGAUUUGAAGUUAGCACUAGAGAUAACUCAACCGAUUGGGCCAAAUGUAUCGGUUGUGCAAUCAUUAGAAGACAACAAGAACGUUUUAAAUUACUGCAAUCUGACGAAUGCAAAGAAUGCUUCAGCAAAUACUGCUGGCAAGGUUCCAUUGAAGAGACUGCUGAUGAUAUUUAUGGCUCAACUGAAUCUCAAACUGACACCAGUCUUACUGCUCCCCGUACUUCAUCUUCCUCAAACUCAGGAUCUAGUAGUGGUGGUGGUAGUGGUGGUGGUAGUGGUGGUAGUGGUGGUAGUGGCAGCUCUUCUAAUGGUGGUUCUUCUAGUGGCAGCUCUUCUGAAAGUAGUGGAUCCAGUACCUCGUCUAGUAACAGAAGUAGCGAUGGAGUCCAAACUGCUUCGGUUCAUUGGUAUAUGGUUACAUUGGUGCCAUUAACCUGGGGAAUUAUUUGGUUCUUGUAGAUACUUCUUUUCUUUUCCCUUCAUUUUUACUUCUUUCGAUAACACCUUCGCUUGAAAUUUUCUGUUCUUUUCACUUCUAAGUAUACCCUUUUAAUUUCAGAAAUCAUUUUAGUACC